UAUAUAAGGUUAGUAAUCAAAUGCGUAUUAAUUUAUUGAUUUUAUGUUGUCACUGGCUAGUGUUGUAUAUGUAUGUGUAUAUAUAUGUUGUAUGUGUAUGCAUCCAAAAUCUAAAAGAGAGUGAAGAAACAAGUAUAAUCAAUUAGUCGGGUUUUGGUAUUUUUUUUUUUCGCCAUGAUGAGAUCAUCACUAUUUUUGGUUGCAGCAAUUUUAGUGAUGGGUUUGUGUGUAAAUGCCCAGCUGAAGACCAAGUUCUAUUCCUCUUCAUGCCCCAAAGCAGAAUCCAUAGUGAGAUCAACCGUUCAAUCGCACAUGGACAAGGACCCAACGGUGGCUGCUGGCUUGCUUCGCCUUCAUUUCCACGACUGUUUUGUUCAGGGCUGUGAUGGUUCGAUACUGCUGGAUGGGUCCUCGGCCGAAAGAAGUGCAAGAGCAAACACAGGUCUAAGAGGGUUCGAAAUGAUUGAGGAUGCCAAAGCUCAGUUGGAGGCCUUGUGCCCUGGUGUUGUUUCUUGUGCUGAUAUACUUGCUUUAGCAACUCGUGAUGCCGUUGACUUGAGUGAUGGGCCAAGUUGGUCGGUUCCAACAGGGAGAAGAGAUGGAAGAGUGUCUUUGGCGUCCGAAGUGACUACGUUGCCUUCUCCUUUUGAUUCUGUUGAUGUUCAACUCCAGAAGUUUGCAGCCAAAGGCCUUGACGAUCAUGACCUUGUCACACUAGUUGGGGCUCAUACCCUUGGCCAAACUCAUUGCAUGUUUGUAAGCUACCGUCUGGACAACUUCACAAAGACAGGAAACCCUGACCCAACCAUAGCCCCAUCCUUCCUAACUCAGCUCCGAAGCUUUUGCCCCAAAGGAGAACCCUCAAAACUCGUGUCGUUGGACCCAGACAGCCACACCAACUUCGAUGCUAGCUUCUUCAAGAACGUACGUGAUGGCAAGGGCGUUUUGGAGUCUGACCAGAGACUCUGGGGGAAUGAUGAUACACGCCCACUUGUGCAGAAAUAUGCAAGCAGCAUUAGAGGCUUAUUGGGUUUUAGAUUUGAGUAUGAAUUCUCUAAAGCUAUGAUCAAAAUGAGUAGUAUUGAGGUCAAGACUGAUACUCAAGGGGAGAUUCGAAAGACGUGUUCUAAGAUUAAUUAUUAGGUUAUCAUUAUGUUUUAAGUAAAUGAUCUGCCUGCAUGUGCCAGCAACUUAUUAAAACAGAUGGGCUUUAUUAAAUAAAAGAAGUAAAAGCGUAAUAAAAUCAUUUCGUCGCCUGAGAGAUUCGAA